UGCAAUUUUACUUCCGGGACGAAAUUUAUAAAUCCACAAUUUCGACGAUUAGUACGAUUUCUAAAUAAUGGGAGCUAGUGUUAUCGGGAAAUUUGAGCCGCAGAUAGGGAAUUAUGUAGAGUGUCUAUUGACUGAAGGAAAAAUUGGUAUUUGUGAAGGAAACAUAAGAUUAACCGAUAUCACAUCUGGAUGCAACACACUCCAGGUAGAGAAGGGACCAUGCUGUGAUCGGUUCAAAAUGCUACUACCGUAUGGGGGUCAUUCCAUAACAUGGGAAGUGUUGUUCAACAGUUGUUACCCUGAAGAGCCACCAGAUUUCAUAUUUGGCAAUGAUGAGCAGUUCUUUCUGCCAGAUUUAUUCAAUCUUGUUAGUCUUCUAGAAUGGGACCAUACAGAUCCGAAGUCACUAUUAUAUGUAGUACAAGAGCUGUUAGACCAGUACAAAUCGUACCAACACAAUCUCAUUGAAGCAGAGUCAAGAUUAAAGUUUGAAUAUCAGUCUAUUGCAGAGGAGCUAGGGAAAGAUGCGAUAGAGGUGCAUGUUAUGAAAAAAGGACAAUAUAAAAUAGGCCCAAUAUCAUUUCUUAUCAAACUCGAUGUUGAUUUCUCAAGGAUUCCAGCCUAUUUGACAAAGGAUAAUCCUGGUGAAGACUCUGCGGUCCUCUUGGUGAACUUUUCGUCAUCUGAGGGUGGUAGGGUCACAUCACAGCUCUAUCUCUCCCCCAGGGUGGAAGUAGCUCUUGGAGGAUCAGCUGGACUAAGAAUACCAAGUUUCCCUAGCAAUGGAUGUAUGAUAGACUAUGUCCCCAGCAUCAAAACACUGCUCACUAAUAAGGUGGAUCAGACCUGUGAGACUUAUGAGAAGAGGAAGGAGUAUGUAUCAGCUUUCCUCAGUCACUAUGGCAGGUCCGUUCAGGAGUAUGACACAGAGAGUUUCUCCAAAUUGACUUUUCUGUUUGACUGGCGCAACUUUUCCUUUCUAGUCUCAAUUGAUAUUCCAAGGAGCUUCCCCCAGGACUGCCCCACGUUCACAUUUCACUCUGUUUACCAUGAACUGAAUGGAUUGCCAUAUAGCAUGAAGAAAUCUACAUAUCCCUACAGUCCAAGGUGGAAAGGCACAGAGAUGGCAGAGAGAGCAAGGGCUGUCAUUUUAGAGACUGUAGAAGUAUUUCAACAAAAUUCAAUAAAAGAAGGAAGCGCAACCUGACCCUUCCCAACCUAUAAACCCAUCGAGUAUCGCGGUGAUGUUUGGAUUAGAGUUGGCCUAGCCUACAACCCCCAUUGUUGUGAUGCACCAUGUAAACACACACCAGUUAUUGCAAUGUACCAGGAAUUGAACACUUGUGUGUGGGACAAAGUAUGAAACAUGUGACAUUUAACCAACAGAGGUGAUCUUGUUUGGAUCAUGAUCAGAAGAUUUCUAUGGCAUUCAGAAUUAUUGUGGACUAUUGUUCAGAAAUGUGAUAUGAAUAGUUAUUAUGUCACCCAAAAGUGGUGACAUAUUUCCUCCAACUUCUUUCCGGUUGGUGUUCAGCAGUUGGUGUUUGUUGUUAGGUGCCUGUUACAAAUGGCAAGUAGUAACAUUUUGCAUGUUAAUGCCUUAUUAGACUUGUACAUGUCAU